UUUUAUCAAAUUAAAAAUACAUGAAAAUGUUAUAUUUUGUUAAAUUCGCGUCGAAAAGGUCAUUUUCUCAAAAAAAGAACGAAUGAGCAGCAAGACUUGUUGACGCUCUGUUGGGAGAAUGGACUUUUUCAGCCCUCUGAUGGCGCCUCUUCCUCAUGCUCCUUCCGCUCUCCUCAAGUUCUUCUUCUCCUCUGUGUUGCAUCUUUUUUUUUAAGGCUGUUUGAAUUUCUCUAUGUGACUCUAUAUGCAGGCUCCAGUAGGUCUCUGCACCCCCCAACCAGCCUCAGACAUUUCUCCUUCCUCCCUCUUUUUUGAAAAUUAUCCCAUUGCCGUAUAAAGAAAGCAAUGGAGUGGACAAACACAAUUGACAAGAGAAACAUGGUACUGAACUUGCAGGCAGCCAUGAUAGGGAGUCAAGGGCAACAACAGCACAGCAACGCCCCAAACCUCCAGCAGAAACCAAGGGUUCGAGCCAGGAGAGGCCAAGCCACUGACCCUCACGGCCUCACAGCAUUGCCGAACGUGUAUCUCUUCUUCUUCUUUUCCUCUUCUUUUCCUCAUUACUCUUCAUCACCCUCUUCUUUGAUCCAACAACCCUCCCAAAACACAGACAAGGCGCCAAUGCUGGACGAGAUCAUCGAUUAUGUUAGGUUCCUCCAGCUACAAGUCAAGGUGCUAAGCCUCAGCAGAUUGAGAGGUGCUGCAGCAGCUGCUCCUCUGAUGGUCGAUAUCUCCUCCCAGCAAGGAGGGGAAUGCCUCAAACACCAGUCUGGAGCUAGCAUCAACAGAAACAAGAAUGAAAGCCUGAAGACGGCAGAAAGGCGAGUGGCAAAGCUAAUGGAGGAGGACAUGGGAUCAGCAAUGCAAUACCUUCAAGGAAAGGGCCUCUGCCUAAUGCCCAUCUCUCUCGCUGCAGCCAUCUCCUCUCCCAGCUCUCUCUUCGCCUCCGCUUCUGCUGCUGAAGGUCCUUCCUCUCCUUCAAGUCUAUAUAAACCAACCCCACCUCCUGCAGCCUCUACCUCAAAGGAGGACAAUGUAUCAGUUUCCAUGACCUGUUUCUUCUUCCUCAUUCUGUCAUCCCAAAUCCAUUUCUCUUUCCUUCUACACUAG